AGCGGAUUAUUUUUUGCUUCAGCAUCCUUAUAGAGUAGACCUUAAGUGCAAUAGCUAUCGAAUGUGUUUUAAAUUAAUGUAACGGGACAUGUCGCAAAUUCCAAAACGGCUAAUUACCGCAGUGAACGUGAACCGAGCGGAAAAACGACGAGUUCCAUCUAAACAUUACGUUUAUGUGAUAGAAGUUUCAUGGGACGAUGGAAGUGAUACAGUUAUAUUUCGAAGAUACAGCAAGUUUUUUGACUUGCAGAUAUCUCUAUUGGAGACAUUUCCGAAAGAAGGAGGUAUGAAAGAUCCUUCCACGCGAAUUAUCCCGUUUCUUCCCGGCAAAAUCCUGUUCAGAAGAAGCAACAUACGAGAUGUUGCAAUGAAACGGGUGCUUUCUAUUGGUGAAUACUGUAAGGACUUAAUAAAGCUUCCAAGUUACAUCGUACAACACUCGCUUAUUUUAGACUUUUUUGAAACUAAACCCGAAGACCUCAAGCCCCCCGAAAGUGAAAGUACUUCCAGAGCUUCAAAAAGAAACAGUUUAGAUAUUUCUCAGCCAAUAUUGCCAGAGUCGUACGUUGUAGUUCAAGAUUAUAUAAAGACGCAACCAAAGGAAUUAAAUGCAAGAGUGGGUGAAGUGGUGGAAGUAAUGGAUAAACAUGAAAAUGGUUGGUGGUUUGUAAGCACUGAGGAUGGGGAACAGGGUUGGGUUCCUGGGGUUUAUCUUGGAAAACCUGAUGGAAAAAGUGAAAACCUUGUCAUAAAGCAAGACCAACUGGGACAAGGUGAAUUAUAUCUCACCACAACUCAAUACAAUGGUGAAGAUAGCGAAGUUAGUUUCAACACUGGUGUACUGGUUGAGGUUCUACAGAAAAACCUUGAAGGAUGGUGGUUUGUAAGCUAUAAUGGCAAGCAGGGCUGGGCACCUGCGUCCUACCUCACUAAACCUCCAGAAUCAGUGACUGCCAUUUCUUUAUCAAAGAAGCUAUCCUCUCCUGUUAAGAAUGAUUCUUCAAUCCCUAGUUCACAUUCAUGCACAAGUCUUUCUUCACAGAGUUCUUCAAAUGCAGGAGAUACUUCCUCUCCGAGCCACAAAAGAUUAAGCGGAGUUGGCAUAAAGAGACCAUCUUUAAAGCCUCAAGUGCCCCCACCACCCCCACCCCAACAUAGUGAUGAUGUACAGUAUAUUGCAAUGCAUUCAUUUGAUGGGAAGAUACCUCAUGGAGUUGCUUUUAACAUAGACGACCCUGUUACGGUACUAUCAAAAUCUCCUGGUUGGUGGUACGUUGAAGUUAAUGGAAACGAAGGCUGGGCACCUGAAACCUACAUCAGCAAAACCACAAAACCAAAGCCAACACCAGCCAGACCACAACCACCAAGUUUUCCAAAGAAAACCGAACUCCAAAGAGCCUCCCACACCAAAGUUACUCGAUCCAGCUCUUUAAGGCAGGAUAAACCUGCUGUGAUGGACAGAGUUGAACACACUUAUUCCAACGAUACAAAUUUCAGGAAUUUUAAGCCAAAACCAACAUUACCAAAAAAGCCAUUAAAGCCAGCUGUGAAUAAUCAAAAGCCAACCUUUAAUGCUGGGAAUGGUCAAACACCCCUGCCGAAUGCAGUUAAUGGUCAAAAGCCCCUGCUGAAUACAGUUAUUGGUCAAAAGCCCAUGCUAAAUACUGGGAACAAUCCAAAACCUUUACUAAAUGUAGUCAAUGGUCAAAAGCCUAUGCUGAGUACAGUCAAUAGUCAAAAGCCUCUGCUUAGACGAGUGUCAAGUGAUGCUGUAACCCCUCCCAAACCACCUGUGCCCUCUAGCAAAUUAAAACCUGUUACCAAAAGCAAUGAUUCCUCUCCAAGAAGAUUUGUUUCAAAGGUACCUGUCGCAAAACAAACCAAACAAGAAACAAAUCAAGUGGAUUUUCGCAGUGUCCUUAAACCUGCUAAACAGAGAGGGGUUCACACAAACGGAAAAAUUGUGAACAAAACCAAUGAUAAUGACAGAACUUUUCAAGCUGGGAAGGUGAAAAAUUUAGUAAAUGCUAGGAACAAUAUUAAUAACAACAACAACAAGUCAAAUGUUCGAGAUAGCAACUUGAACUGUGCUUUGAAUGAAAAUUUUUCAACCAGUUUUCGUUCAUCGCCUGAUGGGGAAAUGGACAAUACAAAAGUGGUUGGAGAGGGUUAUUUUGCUAUAGAAAACGUGGGUUUAACCCUUUUGGUCGCUGUGUGCGAUUUCGAGGCUGUUGGGUCAGGGGAACUAGGGUUCACGGAAGGGUCAACGGCAGAACUGCUCGAAGAAUCUGCAGGAGAUUGGUGGUACGUGAAGAUUGAUGAUAAAAGUGGUUGGGUACCUUCAGGGUACUUUAAACCUGUACUGGAAAGUGAUGGUUUACAAUAAAAGUUAGUUUAGGGGUCGAACAUGAUGUUUACAUUGUUGAAUCCUAAACAACUGCCAGUGUGUGUUGUGGUUGAAGUUUUUAUUAUUUUUCCAGAUUUAUCAAUACCCUUUAUUAAUUAUUAUCUUAUUAAAAUUCAGUAUCAUGGGCAAUACAUCGUGCUAUACGACCCGAACUUUACACCAUUCACCGUUCCAUUUUAGGCAUACUUUGUGUAGAACUCAAUCAGUGUUUUUUUGUUUUAAUAGCGCGGAUAAAUAUGCCAGCAUAAUUUUCACUGGCCAUACGUAAUUUUUAUACUACAGUGCUCAAUAAUAUUUGUUUAUUGCCAACAUGACAACAGUAUGUCCUGACACAAUAAUAUUGCAACCAACAUUUUAAGAACGAUUUCUCAAAAGACAGUUUUUGUAAGUGUUAUUUUAUACAUUGUGUACAGGUAUUUUUUUUUUUUUACUAAUGCAAUAUAUGUAGAUAUCCUGCUACAGUUUUUUUAACAUAAAGCUGGUGUUCUUUUUCAAUACACGAUUUAAUGUCUCCAUGUUGUUAUAAGAAUAUAUUUCUUCAAUUAUAAAACAAUGAACUAUGUUAAAAUGUUUAUAAUUAACAAUCGACGUGGUGUAGAAUGCAAAAAAUUGAAUGUCGAUUCCCAAAAAUCUCCUUUAAAAAAUAGACUGUCGAUUUCAAAAAACUUUCCUCAUGUAAAAAGGUAAUAAAUGUGAUGUAGUAAAUGCUAUAACUUUAAGUUUGACAUAUGUCAUGACAAUGUUUCCCUUCAAUACAGUUUACCUUGUUUUUAUAUGUGUGCUUAAAAUAAACAAAACUCUCAGAAUC